AUGACUCCCCCCGCAAGCCCGUUCGCCUCACGCAUGGGGAUGGACGCGCGCAUGCACAUCGACUCACUGGCGGGAUCGCCAAGGCCACCGCCGAUGAUGACGCCGCCGCGAAGAGUGGAGCCGGUUCACCAGUACUUUACAGCACAACAGCAAGAUCACGAGGUGCCACUUUCCCGGCUGCAGCACCUCUACGCUGCGCAGCAAGCACAGCAAGCAGGAGCAGCCCAUGGCGCCUUCAACGCCAAGGAGCGCUACGUGGGGCUCGGAUCCGGAUUCCUGGAGUGUGACAAGCGCUUCGAGAGGCAGAUACUGCUCGCGCAGCCAGCCUGCGGGUUCACGUGGACGGAGUUCGUCAAGAUCGACUCGCUCGGGAAUUACCUGACGGGGACAGCUGAGAGAUACUACAACCGGCAGGUGGAG